UAGCCGUCUAGUGUGGAAAUUGUGUCGUGUUGACAUGAAGAAAAAAAUAAAACAGAGGAAAUACAGAAUAUCUCACUCUAAAGUGAGGAAAUCUAGUGUUCAUAUAUUUCCUUCCUUUUCUAUUUCCAUAUGUUUUCCUAACAAUGAACCACCAUGCUACCUACCAUAAGGAGCUUAUGUUGUUUUGUUUAUCUUGUGCUUGUUUCCACAUCGAUUGAGUCUGAAGCAACAAAAACAGACAUUAAUGAUUCUAACACACCUCAAUCUCAUAUCAACCAUGAUGUUUUUAUCAGCUUUCGAGGUUCAGACAUCCGCCAAGGUUUUCUUAGCCACUUAGUUGAUGCUCUUAAUGAAAAAAAAAUUAUUGCCUUUGUGGAUAAUCAGAUUAACAAAGGAGAUGAAAUAGCACAAUCACUUUUUCAAGCAAUUGAAACAUCAUUGAUUUCUUUGGUUAUAUUCUCUAAAAACUAUGCUUCUUCACGUUGGUGCUUAGAUGAACUUGUUAAAAUUGUUGAGUGUAGAGAGAAAAUUGGACAGAUUUUAGUGCCUGUUUUCUACAGAGUGGACCCCACAAUUGUGAGGCAUCAAAAUGGAACUUAUGCAAAUGCAUUUGCUAAACAUGACAAAAGGUUCAAUUUGACGACUGUGCAAGAAUGGAAAUCUGUUUUAAACGAAUGUGCUAGCAUAUCCGGGUAUCCUUCAUCGAUGUUUGCGAAUGAUUCUGUGCUUGUUAAAGAAAUAGUUCAAUAUGUGGUGAGUAGGUUGGAUGAUAUUCAUAAGUACAAACCACAUUCAAAAAGAGCACUUAUAGGACUUGACAAUCAAAUUUCACAUGUGAAAUCAUUGUUACUGGAAGAUUCAAAAGAUGUUCGUGCCAUUGGCAUUUGGGGUAUGGCUGGUAUUGGGAAAACAACUAUUGCAGAGGAAGUAUUUGACAGGCUAUGUUCUGAAUAUAAAAGUUGUUACUUUAUGGCUGAUAUCAGAGAAGAAUGGAGGAGACAUGGAAGGAUGUAUUUAAAGAAAAAGCUUUAUUCUGCUCUAUUAAGAAAAGAAGAUUUGAAUAUUGAAAGACCACAUGGAUUGCCCUAUGUUGUUGAGAGGAGACUUCGAGGUAUGAAGGUUCUCGUUGUUCUUGACGAUGUUAGUGAUAAAGAGCAACUAGAAAUUUUAAUAGGAACACUUGAAUGGUUUGGAAAAGGUAGUAGAAUCAUCAUAACUACAAGCGAUAAACAAGUACUUUCCAAAAGGGUUGAUGAUAAUGAUGUAUACGAGCUUAAGCCAUUGGAUUUUGAUGACUCUUUUCAACUUUUCAUAUCGACAGCCUUUGGACAAAACCAUCCUAAAAUGGAGUAUGAAAAUGAUAAGUUAUUAGAGAAAAUGGUCAAUUAUGCCCAAGGUAAUCCUUUAGUUCUGAAAGAACUGGGUUAUUUUAUUGGUGGAAAAGAUAGAAAGACAUGGAAAAGCGAAUGUGAGAAGCUAACAAGAGAGCCGUUGCAAAAUGCCCAUGAUGCUAUUAGAUUGAGUUGUAAUAUUUAUCUCAAUGGUGUUGAUGAAAUUGUUGAGUGUAGAAAGAAAGAUAGAGAGAUUUUAGAGCCUGCUGCCUACACUUUCUUCGGUGAUAGGAGGGAUCUAUCAAGAACUAAUUAUGAAGAUUCAUUUGCUGAGAUUUUAGAGCCUGCUGCCUACACUUUCUUCGGUGAUGGGAGGGAUCUAUCAAGAACUAAUUAUGAAGAUUCAUUUGCUGAACAUGACAAAAACUUCAAUUUGACGACGGUGCAAGAAAUAAGAUUUGGGAGGCACUGUGGUGGUAUCUCUAGGAAUGAAUUUGUGCCUGUUCAUAAGCACAAAUCUCACUCAGAAAGAUUACUUAUCAGACAUGGCAAUCAAAUUUCACAUGUGGAAUCAUUGUUACUAGCAGAUUCAAAAGAUGUUCGUGCCAUUGGCAUUUGGGGUAUGGCUGUUAUGGGGAAAAGAAUUAUUGCAGAGGAAGUAUAUAGAAGGCUAUGUUCUGAAUAUGACAGUUGUUACUUUAAGGCUAAUGUUAGAGAAGAAUGGGAGAGAAAUGGAAGGAUGCAUUUAAAGAAAGAGCUUUAUUCUGCUCUAUUAAGAAAAGAUGAUUUGAAUAUUGAAAGACCGCAUGGAUUGCCCUAUUUUGUUGAGAGGAGACUUCGACAUAUGAAGGUUCUUGUUGUUCUUGACGAUGUUAGGGAUGAAGAGCAACUAGAAAUUUUAAUUGAAACACUUGAUUGGUUUGGAAAAGGUAGUAGAAUCAUCAUAACUUCAAGGCAAGUAUUCCUCAAUAAGGUUGAUGAUAAUGAUGAUGGUUUUAAAUUAUUGUCCGUUUCAACCACAAUAUUGCGGAUGUGGUAGUGUCUGCAAUUAAGAUUUGCAGUGUGAUUUUAAUUCACGAGUACAGCCGCAUCGUAACCGCAUCAGAAGCCGCAUCAGACGAUUUCGGCGAUGUUCGUUCAAAUUUUCUCACCAAAAAAAAAAUUUAUGAACUUCAAAUCUUAAUUUGUGUCAAAUCUAAUGAAAAAUCUUACAUUUAACAUUAGUGUUUAUGGAAUAAACUAAGACUCUACAAUAGUGGAUAUAUUUUGUAGUGA